GUCAUGGCUCCGCUCCACCACCUCUGCCUCUGCCUCUGCCUCCCGCUGCUGCUGCCGCCGCCCGCGGCCCCGGUGCCGGUGCCGGUCCCGGCCCCCCGCACCGACUGGGCCGCCUGCAGGAACUUCUCCCGGGAUCUGCUGCAGCUGGUGGCGACCAUCAAGGAGCCGCAUCGAGUCCUGGAGGAGAUUCACCUGAGCAUGGAGGAUCCCAAGAAUGGCCCCCCCCGGAUCGGCUGCAGUGAUGCCUGUGACCCCUCCACCCUGGACACCAACAACACGCGCUGCCUGCAGCGGAUCCUUCAGGGGCUGCAGCACUACCGGGUCCUGCUGGGCUCCGACAUCUUCACCAACCGCCGCCUGCCCACGCUGGAGUCCACGCUGGACCAGCUGCUGGGCCUCGUCCAGCAGGAGCACGGCCGCCCCCCGCGCCCCACCAUGGCUCCCAGCGAGGCCUGGGCACGGGCAUUGCUGCAACGCUUGGCACUCCAACGGCUCCAGUCCUUCACCACCAUCAUGAGCCGCGUCUUCAGCCACAGCGCCAGCCCCCGCUGAGGCCGUCCCGCCUGCGGACCCCCCCUGUUAUUUAUUCCCCUCCCCGCUGAGGGACUAUUUAUGUGUGAUGCUCCCUAUUUAUCUCGGGUAUUUAUGGGUUUCUAAUAAAGGUCGGAAGCAGAGGAGCAGCUCCCUGUCUACGGCGCAACGCGGGUCUGCU